AUGCAGCUGCUAGUCAUUCUUUUCAGGCGGCCCCAUGCACUGAUGUUUGCUAGCACCACGUAUCACUCUGUGGCUAUGAGUUACAGGUCCCAUCAAGACGAUAAUAUAUCGCCUCAGCCUUACGAUUCAUGGGAUAACGAUCUUCUAUAUGCCCCCACCCCCGGUAAUUUCAGCGUAGCUUCCUCGCCACAUAUACAUAGUCCCCAAUCCAGCACAUUCCUGGAGUAUCCUUCCCAGCGAGAACCACAAUCUGAUCAAUUAUGUUUCAUCCCUCCAACGUUAUGGGACAAGGAUAAAACUUACGAUGAGCAUCCGCCAAUCUAUCUCCAUUAUCUCAUUGACUGGAAGGUUAAACUGAACAACCGAACAGUUACAAAAGUCACAGAACCAGAUGUGGUCCUUGCACCUGGUACAUACUGGCAAAAAGUUUUGAGAGAGAAGGUUGAAUGUGUGAAAAGCCGAAAAUUAUUUAGCGACCGACGCGCUCGGUUGGAGGAUACUACGGUUAUGGCUUCCGUGUUGAACGAUCGUUCACAGAAACUUCACCAACAAGCUGAGGGAAUCGAUAUCGAUUGGGAAAUGACGGAAAAGCAACUCCUUAAGUGGAAAGAGCUAUUUCGCAGGGGCAAGAAGCUAAAACUAGAUGUUUGCGUUAAUUACGUAGCAGAUGACAACGACCAGUCUUUAACAAGGAAUGGCGAGAAAAGGAACACACGAUCGGUGACAAAUGCUAUGCUGGCAGAACGCGAAGCCCGGAUUGAUGCUGAACGGGGUUCUGGUCAGUAUUCACCUUGGCGGGAUGUUUAUGAUAAGAUGAAAUGCCCUGGACCACCAUGCAAAAAUUCAGAGGGAUACUGCUGGCAGGAUCCCGUUGGUAAAAAACAUUACAGACUCAAUACGCAUCAUUUGACACAUCUUGUGGAUAUGGUAAAGAAAAACCGCCUUUUCCUCGAAACCCAUGAUGACGUUCCAGAUAUGAUCCGGGAACAGAGGGCCAAGGGAAACUCAUCGAUUGAAUCUCCAUACUUGCCGAUCAACAUCAAUGUUCUUCCAACACCAUCUCCUCAACCGGCUAUCGUGGCUACUCCAGCUGGUUCUCCGCCUUCGGCAUCACAUUCAAACUCCAGCAUCAUUGACCCUAUUGUGAUUCCGGACCUUCCGCUCGACGAGGCAGUGAAGAUGUAUGCUAAUUGGCAUAAAUCACGAGUGGCUUCCCAACAGAUGAAAGACAACGUCGAUCUUGCUUGCCAGAUAGCAUUAUCCAAUGGCUACGAUCUUAGCCAGAUAGACAAAGAUCGAAAUUGUAAUGAGUACACUGAUGAAGGUGUAAUGAAAGGAGUGGCAAACCGAUGGACUGGGGAGGUUCGCGAGUGGUUGAACCACUAUGAGCCUCUUUCUUGA